AUGUCUGAUGAUGAAUCGAGCAGUGUGGAAGGGUUGCUCCUGUGUGCCAAGGUCGGUGAUAUUGCAACCUUUAAGAAAUUGCUCAGGGAAGGUGAUGAUGUACUACAGAAAGACAAGGACGAUCGCACUGUGUUACACUGGGCAGCACAGAGCGGGGCAGUUUCCAUCAUUAUGGCCGGGGUGACUAAAGGUCUAGCAUGGCACAUUGAUUCAAAGACCAAGCGUGGACUGACACCAUUGCACGACUCCUGCCUAGCCGGUAACAUCAGAGCGACACAUAUGUUGCUGGCACUGGGAGCCGACAUCACCACCCAAACCAAGGAAGGUUACACACCGUUGCUUUGUGCUGCAGGCAACGGCCAUUGUGAAGUAACACGUCUUCUUGUGGGUGCUGGGUGCGAUCCCAACAAACUCAUACCGCCAAUUGGUGUAAAUGCUGUUCAUAUUGCAACGUGGACCGGACAAGCUGAUGUACUUGAGGUUUUGUUACAACUUGGCGCUAAAGUAGACGAAAAGAGCAAGGUCGGUAAAACAGCCAUGGAGUUUGCUGAAGAGCAAGAACACACAGAGUGUAUUGAGACCCUACAACAAUACAUUGCUAAGGUGGGUUGGUUAUAUAAGCAAGGAGAGAUUGACGAAUCCAAAAUACUUAAAUCAAAGAUGAAAAGGGCCGAAGACAAGAUUCGAACCUACUUCGAAGACAAGUUAAAGGAAGAAAUCGGUUACUUUGAGAAGCAGCUCCAAGAUCAACACGAAGAGGAUGCCACAUUAAUAUUGAAGCUUCAGACUGAGGUGUCGAGACUACAGACCAUCCUUGGAAGGGAGCAGGCACAGCUUGUCCGGGGUUCACCCUUAAGAAGCCGAAGAUCGGACAUUAUUAAUUUGAAUAGGAUCCCCUCGUCUGGAAGCAAGAGACCUACGGGGAUUACGCGGCAGAAACGGUUGAGCGAGGGUGACGAGACAGACAAGCUAUCCCGCCAAGAGUCCUCGGAUAGUCCGGAAAGCAACAAUGAGGAGGAUCGACCGGAACCAUCAGGAGUUGAAAGAGUCAAAUCAGCUAAGAAUAAAAGUAUGUCCACUCUAGUCGAGGAGAGCUCACGCAAAACAGACUCGAUGACUUACCUCAGAAAGCAAGGGAUGGACGAAGUUAUCCCUCGGGCGGGGAGUUCGGGAGCGCUGAUUCUUCCUAACAAACCCCUAAUGUCACGUCGCAACCGCGUUAUAAGCGUCGAUACUCCACCCACAAGCCCCACUAUCCUAACCCCACCCGAGUGUCCAUUUUCUGCUGAGAUGGCGCCCUCUACCUCAAACGCAUCAACCUCUCGUGACAAUCUUCAGAUCGUGGAGGUGGACGCACCAAGGACCAGGCGAAAGAGCUUGACCAUGCUGCUUCGGCCAAUGUUUCAAUUUGGAGACAGUAAUAAAGGCGACCGGACGAGGCGACGGAGUGUGGCUACGACCAUGCCAAUCUCUCCCCCUAAGGACACCAAACCAGAAAAGAAAAGUAAGGGACUUUCUUUACUUCAGAGACCACUGCCGGGAAUUCAGGCAGUUUCUGAAAAAGCAGAGUUGAGCACGCAGGAGUUGAAAUGA